ACCACUCGUUCUUUUGGCGCCCUAAAUUUCGUCGGCGAGCACUCUAUUUCUCCGACUUACCUCCGGUGACCGUGUUUUCUUCAGAAAAACGAAUUUAAAGGGGAGAAAGUACAGAAGUUCCUGCAGAAAAAUGAAUAUCAGUAGUAGCCGGGAUGACUACAAGUUCCUUCAAAUAGUAGAUGCCAGGGCUGCACUUGGCCAGAAAGUUAAUCUCAUCGGCGUCGUUAUCGAAACCGGUCUUCCCAAGCAAUCCAAGGGCACGGAUUGCUUUUGCUCCAUUAGGAUCAUUGAUGAGUCCUACCCAAGCCCAGGGAUUGCAGUUAAUUUUUUUGCCGAAACUAUGGAUAAGCUUCCUGAAGUGCUGACUGUUGGUGAUAUAAUUCAGAUCUCUCAAGUUGUGAUGAAAACUCAUGGACCCGAUAUUUAUGCUUUGUUCAACAAGAAGUUCUCUUCAUUUGCAAUAUUUGACGGAAAGAAUGAUUCAAAUUUCCUCCCUUAUCAAUGUUCUUCUAAGUAUCAUGCUAGAGAGCAAGACAAGAAAUUUAUACUGGGUUUGAUGAAGUGGUUGGUUGAUCACAAGAUUGAUACAGGUUUGACUGAUUUACAUUCGUUGAAAGAGAUCAGAGAAGGAGAACGUUUCAACUUGAUCUGCAAGAUUGUUCACGUAUGUGAAGUUGAAAAAAACAAGUGGAUGCUUCUCGUAUGGGAUGGCAUGGAUACUCCACCGGUCACUAUCAAAACAAAGCUAGAAGAAGAAAUGGAAAACCCACUUCCAUUGCAGCCUGUGGACUUCAUUUUGCAAAGAGAUGUUCUCUGUACCUUGCCACCUCUUGGAACUGUCUUGAGGGUAAUCGUUGAUCGUUGCAACGAGAAACUUGGCAUUAACUUCCUCAAGAGCAAUCGGUGGGUGAAACUAAUUAACAUUAGAUGUGAACUUCAUGCAGCAUUGUGGCAUGCUAUCCUAAUGCCCUUUACUAGGGUUUGCUACUUAUCUGAUGAAGAUGACAUCGUUUUACAGCGCAUGAGCCAGUACGAUGAGCGUCGUAAAUCCAAAUGGGGAUGGAUGCCUUUGUCAAGCUUUCCUUGGUCAUCUGACAUAGCAGAGACCGACUACCCUAAUGUACCUUUUGUCUCCUUGAUGAGAGCUCUGGCGAAUCCAAAGGUCAUAGGUAAAUUCCACUGUGUAGUUCGAGUGGUAGCGGCAUUUCCUUGGCUAGCUGAAGAUUUCCGUUCCCCUUCUGGGGUUUAUAGGAUCAGGUUGACCCUAGAGGAUCCAACUGCAAGAAUCCAUGCAUAUCUGUAUAAAGAGGAUGCGGAACAGUUUUUUGACGGCUACCCCUCUGUUUAUACAUUAACAAAAAAGAGGAAUUUGUUGCUUGGAACUUCUGAAGGCGAUGAUGGUAGUGAAAUGAAUGAUCAUUUUAGAAAUCCACCCUGGAUCAGGUGUUGCUUAAAGUCUUACCAUAUCGACGACAGUGAUAGUUGGGGAAGUAGGAACUUUCGAAUUUUUGCUACCACUAUGAAAGCAUAGGAGAUUGUCCAUUCUGUAUGCCUCCAGUGCUUUCAAUUAAUGUAAUGUAGUUUGGCCUCUUCUGCAAAUGUACUGAGGCAGUUGCUAGCAAGUAGCUUAGAAUGACCUAACCUAUUUCUUUUGCUUCUGUAAAUGUAAUCAUGCUAGCACACAAUAGCUUUGCUUUCAUGUAGGUAAAGAAGCUUAAAGCUCCCUUAUCAUUAUCU